GGCUGCGGCCCGGCCUGGAGCCGGGAGGCUCCACCCCGCACUCCGGCUGCCUCUCUCCGCGGCUAGGGCUGGAGGGUGGGAUCCAGGGGCAGAUGGCCCGGCCCAGCUGCCUGUGGCGGGGUGGCAGCGGGUGCCCCCGGCCCACUCCCUAGUACUCGCCGCCCUAGGAAAGGGCCGGUCCCUUCGUGGCUCGCUGCAGGAGCCGGAGCGGCAGCAGCGCGCUGGGCUCCUUUGCCUGGUUUCUCUUUCCCUUCCCGGCACAGCCCCACACACGUGCUGCCCCGGCCUCCCCUGGGGGCGCGUCGCGGGCGGCGGGAGCAGGCGGCCGGCUGCUGGCGAGCCGCUGGGGGAGCUGCGUGAGCGGAGAUGAAGCCCCUGACGAGGCGCUGCUGCUCCGAGGAGGGGCUGCUGCUGCAGGUCACCCUCCUGCUCAGCCUGGCGGGGCUGCGGCUGGACCUGGAUCUCCCCUGGCGCCGGGCCCCGGACAUUUUCCCUCCGCACCCCAAGUGCCCAGAGCGGGACUGGGCCCGGCUGCUGCUGCUCCGGGAGGUGCGGGCGCUGGGUGGCCCUUACAUCCCCAGCACCCGCCUGGAUGCCUGGCUGGUGCACGCCGUGGCCGGCGAGGAGAACGGGGCGCUCCCCUCCUCGCCUGUCAGUGGCGCCGGCGGAGAUGGCCCCAGCGAGAGCGGUACCCAGGAGGGCCCCGGCCACCCCCGCUCCGCCCGGGGGAGCAGCCUGCAGCAGCAGGCCCAGGAGGAAGGGGAUGGAGGAGUUGCAGCGGCCCCCGGAGCCGAGCCCAGCCCGGGGGGGAGUGACUGCCCUACCCUAGAGGAUGUAGACUUGAAAACUGGUCAGGAAGCUUUGGAUUACUAUUAUCCGCAUAAAGGAAGUGAACAAUCAGAAUCGCAAGAGGGGGAGGAGAAGAUAAAGCAGGUGAAUGAAGAAGAAAAUGAACAAAAGGCUAAAACUGAGGGGGAAGAGAGAGAAAAUACAGAUUCUAGCACUGAGAGCAACAGAAAUUCCAUAGAUUCCUUUCCCUUCUUGGAGGACUGUUUGCUGCUCCAGUCAUCACAAACAGAAAACGCACUAGAGAGCAGAAUUGAAAACACCAGCUCUACCUCCCAGUCUACAGCGGGGCUAGUACAUGAUAACUCCAUAGAAGAAAUAUGGCAAGACUUUCUUCUGUCACCUGAGCUACAGGAGAUUUCACUGGGAGAUACUCAACCUGUAGCUAGUAGUAGUAGAAGCAUGAAUUCAUCAUCCUCUCACUAUACUGUAAAUUUGACCCACGCUAUUAACCAUGAUGUUUUCCUCCAUGAAGCUAUGUUACUAAGAUCAAACCACAGCACUAGGGUAAAUCCAGAAAUAAGGAGUGUACAGAGACAAGAGUCCUUUCUGCAGUUAAAUUCUAGCAUCACAAACCCCGAAUUAUUACUUAAUGGGACUAAUUUGGGGUUAUUUCCAUCUGUUGACAUUAGGAACCUAACACACCAGGAUCUUCUUUCAGACCAUGAUGAGAACCUAUUUGAUGAGAUAAAUCUAAUGGCAUUAGCAUUGGAAGGAAGUUUUGAUCCUAUAGAAGUCUCUCAGCUUUUUCAAGAACCUGGCUCAGAUUCUGGACUUUCUUUAAAUUCAAGCCAGAGCACAACCUCUUCAAACAAUUCUGAUUCGUCAUCUGUUUCAACCUGCAGUGAAGGUGCCGUUGGAUACAGUAGUGAUAUAGAAUAUACUUCCCACAAUGGCUUAGGAGCUGAAGGGGGUCAUUAUCCAGAGCAUAGUAAACACUGCCAUCUGGACUAUCAAAGCAAUUCAGACUAUUGUGAGGAAUCCACACUUCAACAUAUUCUUCAUAACCAUACUUACAAUCAGCUGCCAAAUAAAUUAGCAUCCACUUCUGCGCAUCAUUCUUCAUCAUCUGGGAAAUCAAACAAAGUAAAGGGCAGAUGCCUCAAUAGCACAGAUAAUCUUAUCCAUGAUGAACGCCAUGUGAAAGCCCUGAGAAUUCCAUUUUCUGUACAUGAAAUUGUGAGCAUGCCUAUUGAUGUGUUCAGCAACAUGUUAUCGAAGUUCUAUCUGACAGAUACUCAAUUAUCACUUAUACGUGACAUAAGGCGAAGAGGAAGAAACAAGAUUGCUGCUCAGAACUGCCGCAAACGUAAACUAGAUGUGAUCCUGAACUUGGAAGAUGAUGUGUGUAAGCUUCAAGCCCAAAAAGAAAGCCUUAAGAAGCAGAAAUCUCAGUGCAAUAAAUCAAUUAGCUUUAUGAAGCAAAAACUAUAUGACCUUUAUUAUGUAAUUUUUAGUAGGUUAAGGGAUGACCAGGGCAGACCUGUUAAUCCAAGCCAGUAUGCUCUUCACUGCAGUAGUAAUGGCAGCAUUUUGAUAAUACCUAAGAGACUGGUCACACCAGAACAGAAACAAGAUAACCAAAAAGAACAGAAACAAAAAUAAAUAAUAUUAAGAUCACAUUAUUUAGAACUCAUUCUCCAGACAGUGUGGUCAAUAUAGUGGCAUAAAUGCUGGAGGCUAAGAAUGCUUAUGAACAUGUUAAAGACCCAAACUGUAAUAUUUUGAGACUUGUGCACGUGGCCUGCAUCUUUAAUUAUUGGGAUGGUUUUUUAUAUAUAAAUAUAGUAAAUUGUCAACACAGAGAAGCUACAGCAAUAAAAACCUGCUAGUUUGACUGAGCUGUUGAAAUGUAAUUAGAGUUAUUGGAGGAUGCCAGGCCACAAGCAGAAGUAGAAUUUCUUCUUAGUGUGGAGUUAUUGCCUUUAAAUGAGUUUGCACACAGUAUUUGCAAAUAAAUAUUUCACUGAUAUAAUUGUAUAGAAAAAGGGUUGGAGGGAGCAGACAGGUAUAUAAGUUGUCACACGUGGAACUAGGAGACUUCUCCCUAUUUUGUAGAGAAAUUGAAGGAUCAAUGCAAAAAAAACAAAACAAAACAAAAAACAAAAUUGAGAUCAGAUGGAGGGGAAAAAAAUUAUAUAUUUUCUUCCUAACUACAAAAAACUCUUGGAAGGUAGAGUGGCCUUAGAUUUUGAUUUAGUUUGUUAGCACUGGCAUAGUUUUUUAAAAAGCAAAAAAGACUUUGCAAAUCUAAGCUUUGGCUUAAAUUCCAGGUGGUUUUAUGUAUUUUUCCCUUUUUAGGGGUGUAAAUUAUUCUUUUUGUACUUUAAAAAAAAAAAAAAACUGGAAGGGACCUGAGUCCAGCCCCCUACCUUUACUAGCCGGACUAAGUACUGAUUUUGCCCCAGAUCCCUAAGUGGCCCC